AUGUCUGGAAGAAUAGGGGUAGCUAGCAAUGCCACUGGAACUAAACAUGCCGAUUUGCCUGCAUCUGUUGCAGUCGUUGAUCUGAAUAGUUUGGUGUUACAAGAUGUUCCCACCAUUUAUAACAAUGAAUACAGCAAUGCUUCAAGCUCUUUGCUAUUUUUAAACAGUGGAAGCAACCCUUCCCACACAUUUGCAUCAAAUUUUGAACGAAAUUUUCCCUCCAAUGAUGAUUCUGCCUCACCUUUGGAAGCUGGGACAAGUUCUCAACCAAUUUCUGUACCUGUUUGUCUUGCUGAUCGUGCUACUCUACACUAUCUAUUAGCCAGAGAUACUCAAAGUGUUAAUUCUGUUGCAAAUUCGCUCAUCACUGGACAAGCAGCUUAUCAGAAAAAAAGAAAAAGUAUGCAAUCUUCCAAUGUGACUUUCUUUGCAUUCUCUCUUGCUGGAAUUGAUCCAGAAUAUGUUGAUUUUGGAUUAAGAGAUUGCCAAUGUCAAUACUGCAAUGCUCUGUUUUGGCCUGCAGAGCAAACAAAGAAGCAUGCUAAGCAUACUUCCUCUGUUUCAACCCCGCAAUUUACUGCGUAUCAUAUAAUUCAAUCAAUAAUGGCAUUAACUUCAAUGGGGGCCAAAGUUGAUCCGUCUAUCAACAAGCGUCGGGGUCCAUAUGUUUUUAAGAUUAACGGUCAGAUUGUUGGUGACCUCAUCAAAAUGCUGGAUGAGUGUAAUGAAGUUGUUAAGCUUUUUAGGCUCGCCAGGGAUAGGAUUAAUGAAGGGUCCAUAAUUGGGGAUAUCGGCCAAUUUCACACCGAAAGAGAUAUUGUUGUGGAGCAUAAGACUGAUGGCCUGCAGAGAAUCACAAAGUUACAUCCUAAGUACAUGGCACUUCAAUAUCCUCUUCUUCUCCCAUACGGUGAAGAUGGUUAUAGGAAAGGUCUCCCUUGGAAUCCCAAUUUUAGGGGGAGAAAACCAAAGGAUGGCAGCAGCGGGGUAUCCAUGAGAGCAUUUUUUGGUUAUCAAAUUCAGGAUAGACCAGGCCAUACUGACACCCUGUUAAAAGGUGGGAGAUUGUUUCAACAAUACUUGGUUGAUGCAUAUGCGACACUUGAAGAAGACAGGUUAGAUUUCAUUAGAGCAAAUCAAGAUUCUUUGAGAACAGAAUGUCUUAAAGGAAUUCAUGAAGCACUUAAAGCAGGAAAUGCAGCUGGUUCUGCUGUUGGCAAGAGGGUUAUUCUGCCAACUUCGUUUACAGGUAGUGCUAGAUAUAUGAUAAAUAAUUAUCAGGAUGCCAUGGCUAUAUGUCGUCAGUUUGGAAAUCCUGAUUUAUUUAUCACUUUUACCUGUAAUGCUAAAUGGCCUGAAAUUAUUGAAGAUCUGCGUGAUAAACCUGGUUGUAAAGCUGAAGAUAGACCAGAUCUAAUUUCUAGAAUUUUUAAGGCAAAACUUGACCAUAUGAUUAAAUACCUCAAAUCAGGAAAACCUUUUGGCGACGUCGAAUCUGUCCUUUACACAGUGGAGUUCCAGAAAAGAGGUCUUCCUCAUUGUCAUAUCUUACUUUGGGUCAAAAAGCAUUAUAAGUGUCAUUCUCCUUAUGAUGUUGAUUCUAUAAUUUCGGCUGAGAUUCCUGAUCAAAGAUGUGACAAGGCUGGGUAUGAUGCAGUUUCACAAUACAUGAUACACGGUCCAUGUGGUGCUGCAAAUAAAUUUUCACCUUGCAUGAAAGAAAACAAGUGUUCAAAAAAAUUUCCUAAAUCUUUCACAAGUGAAACCACUUUUUCUGACGAGGGUUUUGUUAAGUAUAAGCGUCGAGAUAUAGAAAAUCUUUUUGUUCAAAAAAAUGGAAUCAAGCUUGAUAAUGCAUUUGUCGUCCCUUACAACCGUGAGCUAUUAUUGAAGUAUCAAGCACAUAUAAAUGUUGAAUCAUGUUGUCAAUCGAUGCUUAUUAAAUAUCUUUUUAAGUACAUAACUAAAGGUGCUGAUCGAGCUAGAGCUGUUUUCGAGGAUGAAGAGUUUGAUGAGAUUGUGGCUUAUCUAAACUGUAGAUACUUAUGCCCUUACGAAGCAGUUUGGAGAUUGUUACAGUUUCACAUUCAUUUUAGAGAACCAUCGGUUCAGAGAUUGUCUGUGCACCUUCCAUCUGACCAAAAUGUGGUUUUCAAAGAGACUGAUGAUCUCAACCAUGUUGUUAACAACCCUAAUCUUGAAAGCACAAUGUUAACACAAUGGUUUCAAACCAAUGUUGAAGACCCUGAUGCACGCAGCUUUGGAUUUGACCAUCUGAGGACCGUCAAUGCUGUUCUUCAACCCACAUUUCAAGCUGCAUGCACCUCUCUUGGUUUAUUAGGUGAUGAUAGGGAAUGGAAUAACGCUAUGUUAGAAGCUGUUCUCACUGCAUCAUCCUCUCAACUUAGGCAAUUGUUUGUCACAUUGGUUCUCUUUUGUGAUGUUGCUGAUCCAUCAGCUUUGUUUGAAACGCAUUGGAAGACGAUGUGUGAUGACAUUGUGAAAAAUAUGAUGAAUGCUUUUGGCUUGCAAAAUGUUUCUAAAUACCAAGAUGAAGUUAGAAAUUUACUUUUGUACGAGUUAGAAAAACUGUUUGUUGCUGCAAAUAGUUCUUUGUUGAAGCAUCACUUACCGCAACCAAGCAAUUUGAUGAUGGAUAGGCUUGCAAAUCGCAGUUUGAGAGAAGAGUUAGAUUAUGAUGUGGACAAGAUGAAACAUGAGCACUCGCUCUUAAUCAGCCAGUUAAAUACAGAGCAACAAUAUGUUUAUAACAGUGUCAUGGAAACAAUUGACAACAAUAGAUCCGGCCUAUUUUUUUUGUGCAUGGUCAUGGUGGCACAGAUACCCGAACAAUUCCUUAUUCGUUUUGAUGAAGAUCCCAUCAAAGCCAUGGUUUCAGCUGUGUAUACGGAUUUCAUGACAAAUUUUCAAGAUGUCCCGUAUUUGAAAGAGAGAGCUAUUGUGACACCACGUAAUGAUACAGCUGCUGGAAUAAAUGAUUUUCUGUUGGGUAUGAUUGAUGGAGAUGAUGCCGCUUCAUUUUCCAAGACCAUACUAGCCAGCAAACAAGCUCCAAAUCAGGGUUUGCAGGAAAAGCAAGAAAUUACAAUUGAAAAAGCCAAGUGUAAUAAGCAGAAAUGUAUCACCAUUGUGAAAGCACUGCAGCUUUUUGGUGAGCUAUCUGUUGUAUUAUAUCCUUUGUCUUUCUAUUUGCAAACUUUUAUUUAA